AUGGGCUGCUUCGCUUUCCUCACCAACAACAAGCGCAGCGAUGCCGCUUCGAUCCAGACCGACAGCACCUUGGUCGGAGCAACUUUCGAUGCGGAGAAAAGCCGUAAACUCGCGGCUGCUGAUGCCGCUUCGCCAGUCAAGCCCGACUUGACAGGGCCGCGUCUUUCAGCACUGCGAAAGCUGAUGGAUGAGGAAGCCGUCGACUUCUACCUUGUGCCCACAGACGAUGCACAUGCCACCGAAUACACCUCCCCUUCAGAUCAGAGGCGAGUGUGGAUCUCGGGCUUCACAGGAUCUGCGGGCACUGCCAUCGUCGGCAAGGACUCGGCUCAUCUCUUUGUAGACGGAAGAUACCACAUUCAAGCAGCCGACCAGCUCGACGACAACUGGACACUGCACAAGGUAGGGGUCAGCGGCGUGCUCGACUGGCCCGCAUGGAUUGUCGAACAGGCGAAAGAAGGGAUCAAGGUCGGUCUCGACCCUGCGCUGACCAGCUACACGCAGGGAAAGUCGCUCGUGACCAGCUUGGCGGCCAAGCAAGCAUCCGCUGUCUUUCCUUCGCGCAAUCUGGUCGACGCAGCAUGGGGUAGCGACCGUCCUGCCCCCACUUCUUUCCCCGUCUACGAGCACGAGCUCAAGUACGCCGGCAAGCCCGCCACGGCCAAGAUCGAGGACGUCAAGAAAGACUUGAAGUCUGCUCCUGAAGGGUCCGUCUACUUCUUGUCGGCCCUGGACGAAGUCGCUUGGCUCCUCAACCUGCGCGGAGCAUCCAUCCCUUGCCAUCCCGUCUUCCCUGCCUAUGUCCUGAUCACCAAGGACAAAUCAGUCCUCUUCAUCCGCAACGAGCUUCUUCCCGAGGGUAAAGACGCCGACAAGUACGUUCGCGGCACGCUGAAGCUCGACAUCCAGCCCUACGACUCAGUCUGGGACUACCUCCGCCGAUGGUCCUCCGAGGGCUCUGACGGUCGAAAGCUCGUUUCUGGCGAGAAGCUGUCGUAUGCAGUCGCCAACGCCGUUGGCGACGAGAAGCUCGCUUUGCUUGACCCUUCUCCUGUUGCGCUGCGUAAAGCUAUCAAGAAUGACGUUGAGCUGGAGGGCUUCCGCAAGAGCCACAUUCGCGAUGGUGCCGCAUGGGUCAAGUGGGCUGCCUGGCUCGAGGAACAGGUCAAGGUCAAGCGAGCCAAGGUGGAUGAGUGGGAGGCCGCGGUCAAGUUCCAGGACAUUCGCAAGGAGUUACCGCUGUACGCAGGAGACAGCUACGACGCCAUCUCUGCGACAGGGCCCAACGCAGCACUGCCACACUACGAGACACCCGAGAAGAACAGUCGCGUGAUCGAUCGCGAGACGCCUUACCUCAACGACUCGGGUGCGCAGUAUCACGAUGGCACCAUCGACUGCACGCGCACCGUGCACUUCGGUCGAGCGACUGCCGAGCAGAAGCGUGCCUACACGCGCGUUCUGCAGGGUCACAUCCGUCUUAGCGAAGUCAAGUUCCCUGCUGGUACCACGGGCGUGCAGCUCGAUCCCAUCGCUCGUCAUGCACUCUGGCAAGACGGCUACGACUACCGUCACGGUACAGGUCAUGGCAUCGGCUCCUUUAUGGAUGUACACGAGGGACCCCAAGGCUUCUCCACCAUGUCUGGCGGAUCGAAGAAGCCAGUCGCGUUGGAGGAAAACAUGGUUCUGACUAACGAGCCUGGCUUCUACGAGGAGGGUCACUUUGGUAUCCGCACCGAGUCGCUUCUUGCGGUCAAGCGUGUUGCGACCCACCGUGGCUUUGGCGACGUCGCUUGGUACGGGUUCGAGCGCAUUACCCAAGUGCCCAUUGCAACCAACUUGGUCGACUUCAGCCUGCUCUCAUAUUCGGAAGCGCGCUGGCUCAAGGAGCACAAUGCCGAUGUACGCAAAACGCUGCUGCCGCUCAUCAAGGAUGACAAGCGUGCAGUUCGCUGGCUGCGACGUCAAUAA